GGCAAAUAUUUGAUAGGCUUUGUCCUAAUUUUCCUUGUUCAGUGAAGAUGCAUAAAUACUGUUCAGUCAUUAUGAAAUCGUUCGCUAGGAAACCAGAGUUCAUUUUGUGAUGUCACACCUGCACAAGAUAGGUCUCAUUGUGAUGUUCUAGAACUCCCUAUUGAAGCUCCCUACAAGCUAGCAUCAUUUUUAAUAGGCCUGCUGCUGCCUUAUCAGCAUGGUUUGACUAAUGGCUACAACUGAAAAAAAUUACCAGACUGAGAAGAGAGAAAUAGACAUGGACCUUCCUGCUGCACAGACUCAACACUUUUCAGCUGAAGAUGAAAUAGUUCAUUCUGCAAUCUCAAUUUCAUCUACUCCGUUGCAUGAUAAAACUGCAGCUGGUGACACAGUCUUGAGGUCUAUGAUAGAAGAAAAUGCUUUUCAGGCUUUGAAUGAUGGACCCUGGGCAAAAAGACCACGGCUUACUCUCUGUGAUGAUGGUUCUCUUGAAGACAAUGAUUUCCUAUCCCUCACUUUCCCAAAGAAACUCUGGAAAAUUGUUGAAAGUGAUCAGUUUAAGUCACUGUGGUGGGAUGACGAUGGGAAUUGUGUUGUGAUAGAUGAAGAACUUUUUAAAAAGGAGGUUCUAGAAAGGAAAGGACCAUUGCGCAUUUUUGAAACUGACUGUAUGAAAAGCUUCAUUCGUCAGCUCAAUCUCUAUGGCUUUAGCAAGAUGAGACAGAAUUUUCAAAGGUCUGCCUCCCUUGUUGAAUUUUUAGCAGAAGAAAAAGCUGCUUAUGCAUUUAGCAAGUUACAGUUCUACCACAACCCAAAUUUUAAGAGAGGCUGUCCUCACCUUCUUGCAAGGUGCAAGAGAAGAGUUGGGAUCAAAAACACACCACCCAUUGCUUUCUCCUUAGAUGAGGACUUCAGUGAAAGCUGCUUGAAGAGCAGGUCAAGAAGCCCAGAAGGUCAAACUACUCUGGGUCCUGCUACUAGGGAAAGUAACUUCCUUGCAGCUUCCCCAAAGGACAAAAUGCACAAAGCUGGACUCCGAAAACCUACUAUGCCGAAGGGCCUUGCUGGAGCAGCAGCCCGGCUGAGAAGUGGAUACGCUGCUUCCCCUCCAACCCCUUUGAGGUCCUCUGACCAGGCAGCCCCGGAGGACAAUGACAACAAAGUGAACCAGCUAGCUCCUUUCCAUUUGCCCCAGCACACCAAUCAUGCUCGAGUCAACACACAUGAGAUUGACUCGACCACCACCACAUCUGCUACCUCUUUGUAUCAUGUCAUACCUCCUGUACCCAACAGCCCCUUUGCACCGGUGAUGGGGUUGCCAGCCUUUCCAACCAUGUACCCAGACUUAUCAGCCAUGCAGGCUCAUUGGGCCAGUUUACUCCCGUUCUGUAACCCAUGGUUUUCCAUGCCCAUGAUAGCAGCGGCUUCUGCCAUUUCCAUGUCAAGAUCUUCCCAUCAUCAUCGAACUCCUUCAUACCACCAUUGCCCUAAUUGCAACUGUGCUUCAAAUGCUACUUCUGCUUCCAAAGGAGUUGGACCCAAAGCGGCAGACUACAGUGGUUACCAUCGAUGAAACAGAGGGCAGACUGGAAAACCCCCACCCCUUUUUAAAAUAGAGAAAAUCAGAAUGACGUGGACUGAAGAAUAAAACCUCUUUCUUUCCUUUC